AUGUUGAGCCUCCUACUUCUGCUCUUUGGGCUCAGCGGACUCCGGACAGACUAUGAUCCUGGACAACUGGGUUUACAAAUUACAGUUCCAGAGAAAAUAGGAUCAAAUGCAAAAGAAGACUUUGAAUCACAAGUGUUUUACAAACUAUUAAUUGAAGGGAAAACAUACACUGUGAACCUCACACAAAAAAAUUUUUUGCCCCAUAAUUUUAGGGUUUAUGGUUACAAUUACUCAGAAAUUAUGCAACCUCUUAUCCAAAAGUUUAAGAAUCUCUGCAACUACCAAGGUCAUAUUGAAGGUUUUCCAAAUUCUGUGGUGACCAUUAGUACCUGUUCUGGACUGAGGGGGUUAAUACAGUUUGAGAAUAGCAGCUAUGGAAUUGAACCGCUAGAGACUUCAGCUGGAUUUGAGCAUGUAAUAUAUCCUGUAAAGAAUAAGAAUACAAGCUAUUCUUUAUAUACCAAGAUGGAUAAUGAACCAAGUCAACUGUCCCAUAAAAUUCCAAGGGUCAAGCCAGUAUCAGAUUUCUCUCAGUUUAUAGAAAUGCAUGUUGUAGUUGAAAAAAAUUUGUAUGAUCACAUGGGCUCUGACACGGCUGUUGUUGCUGAAAAAAUUUUCCAGUUGAUUGGAUUGAUCAAUGCUAUUUUUACUUCAUUUAAUAUUACAGUAAUUCUAUCUUCAUUGGAGCUUUGGAUAGAUGAAAAUAAAAUUUCGACUACUGGAGAUGCUAAUGAGUUAUUACACAGAUUUUUAAUAUGGAAAAGAUCUUAUCUUGUUUUGCGUCCACAUGAUGUGGCAUUUUUACUUGUUUACAGAGAAAACUCAAAUUAUGUUGGUGCAACCUUUCAAGGAAAGAUGUGUGAUAGCAACUAUGGAGGAGGUGUUGCUCUGCACCCCAAAACUAUAAGUCUGGAAUCACUUGCAGUCAUUAUAGUUCAGUUACUGAGCAUGAAUAUGGGGAUCCCUUAUGAUGACAGUCAGAAAUGUCAGUGCGCAGGAGCUGUCUGCAUCAUGACCCCAGAAGCAAUUCAUUCCAGUGGUACGAAGAUCUUUAGUAACUGCAGCAUGGACGAUUUUGCGCAUUUUAUUUCAAAGCCUAACUCCCAGUGUCUUCAAAAUCAACCACACUUAGAUCCAUCCUACAAGGUUGCAGUUUGUGGUAAUGGAGAAGUGGAACAAGGAGAACAAUGUGACUGUGGAUCUCCAGAGGAGUGUGCUGCCCAGCCAGAAGCAUGCUGUAGUAGUGGCACUUGUAGGCUGACACCAGGGUCACAGUGUGCUCACGGAGAGUGCUGUGAUAAUUGUAAUUUUAAGGAAAAAGGAGCCAUAUGUAGGCCUAACAUGGAUGAAUGUGAUCUAAAUGAAUAUUGCAAUGGAACAUCUGCAGCAUGUCAAGAAAACUUUUUUGUUCAGAACGGGCAUCCAUGUGGAGGGAAUCAGUGGAUCUGUCUGGAAGGAAAAUGUAUGGAUGGGAUGAAACAAUGUAGCAGUAUAUUUGGUGAAGGUACAGGUUUUGGUUCGAAAGACUGUUUUGCUGAAAUUAAUUCUAGGAAUGAUCAAAGUGGCAAUUGUGGUUCAAGUUCUAGAGGAUACAAAGCUUGUAAACCUAAGUAUGUUUGCAGGAAUAAGGAAUGUGUGGAUUCCUCAUACUUGAAUUAUGACUGUACUCCACAAAAAUGCCAUAACCAGGGUGUAUGCAAUAAUAAAAAGAACUGUCAUUGUAACCCUACCUAUUUACCUCCAGAUUGCCGAAGUGUAGAUGAAUCAUGGCUAGGUGGCAGUGUUAACAGUGGAAAUUUUCCACCUGCAGUAGCCCCCCGCCCUGACAGGCGCUACAUUGAGUAUGAUUACCGUGCUAAACCUACGAAAUGGCCAUUUUACUUGCUUGUUCCCUUUUUCAUUAUUCUCUGUGUACUGAUUGGUGUACUGGUAAAAGUUAAUGUCCAAAGAAAAAAAUGGAGAUCAGAGGACUAUACAAGCGAUGAGCAAAUUGAAAGUGAGAGUGAACCCAAAGAGACUGCAGAGAGUCCAUGAUGUCAAAGUGACUUUCUCCCCUCUAUUCAUUCUCCCAGUGGUACUAUCUGCAAUGGACAGAAAAACUGGAAAAAAAUAAAACCACCUGCAUUGCCUGGAGUUCAGAAACUGCACAUUGCGUUUUUAAUCUAAAAAGAAAACAAAAAAUAUAUAUAUCCAAAUAUAAAAAGAUAAUUUAUUUGUAAGAAAUGCAUGUUUACGAGUUUUUAUGUUACAUAUUCUUGUUUUUGAACUUUUCACCCACUAAUUCUGUUGAGAUAAGAAAAGAUUAUAAUACAACAAUAAAUAUAGAGCCAUGAUUAUAAAGGCCAUUGUUAUAUUUUCAGUUGCAUUACUAUCUUGUUAUGUUAUAAUCUGAUGGUCUGUAAUCAAUCAA